GUGUUGUUUUGUCAGUGGCAAAAAUUAAACUACGUUAUUAAGUGUUGUACUGAUCAUGUAAUGGCAACAGAAAAAAAAGGAAGGGCUUCCAAAGUUACUAAGAAUGAUAAUAAUAUAGAUCCUGAUGAACUGUGGUUACGGCGAAGACUUCCACGGUACUUACCAAAGCGUAACAAUGAUGUUUAUGUAAAUAACUACUCAAACUUUAAGGGUCAAGAAGCACGAGCACUAAACCUUUUGCAUGAAAGUGGCUGGGUUGUAGUACAUGGUCUGGGCUCAGCAGUACCACGUGCUAUCAAUCUAGCCCUCUGUCUCCAAGUAGCAGCAAGAGCACCUGCAAUUAUUGAUACUGGACUGGUAAACACCAGAAUUAAUGUAUUUGAAAUAUUUUGUGUCAGGUAUGCUUUUGAUGAUGAUAUUAUUACUGACCAAAUAUUCCUGUCUCCACUGGCUAUCAUUGAUGAUAUUGAACCCUCAUUUGAUGGAGGUGACCAAGAAUAUCAUGCGAAAGGAAAUGCUGCUGUCCACAUUAAAGUUACCCUAAAGGAAAAUAUAACCAAGGAAACAGUUACUCCAGAAAAAAGCAAAACCAGUACAUGA